GCAAGAUGGCGGACGAGUUGGAGCAGAUUGAAAUAGGCUUUGAAGAAAGACUAGAAGAAAUCAACAACUGGCUAAGAAAGAAAGGAUACGAAAAGUAUAAAGAAGCUAGAAGCCUAGCAGAGGAAGAAUCACGCGAAGAUCCUGAAACUGAUCCUUUUAAGUCAAAGUAUAAAGCCAGAAAAAUCUUGUCAGAUUUGAAAGCUGAAUUGGUACCAUUGUUAGACGACCAAAUCCCCAGCGAAAAAGCGAAGAUCCUAACGGCGGCUCUUGAUUACCAGAUUGGACAGAACUACAUUGAAACUGAAGAGCUGAGCACGGGUGAGGAACUCAUUAAAAGUUGCAUCAAUACUCUCGUAGAAUAUCGCCUGGACCAAAGAAAUUCUUCGAUAUACUUGCAUGCUUUGAACGAGCUGGGAAUUCUCUGGUCCAAAAGAGGUGACUCCGAAAAAGCAUUGGGAUUUCUGCAGGAUGCAGAGAGGUUGUACCAUAGUUACACAAAAGAAAAGGGAAGCUGCUGUCCUUAUGACAUCCAUGAGCUUUUUUAUCCAGAAGACAACUUCCUCUCAGAUGAUGAACGAGAAAGGGCUUUUAGUGCAACUUUCACUCAUACCUUGUAUUACUUAGCACAAGUCAAUGCAGCUUUGGGGCAUUCUAGAAAAGGAGCAAUGUAUUGUCACACAACUCUGCAUCGCCAACUGGAGACAAAAUGGUAUGACCCAGUUGAUUGGGCUGUUAACUGUGCGACACUCUCUCAGUACUACAUUACACAAGAAAACUAUAUGUUGGCAAGACAUUGUCUGGCAUGUUCAAGUUGUGUUUUUUCUGAAGCUGAAGAAACUGCUACAGUGGAGGCUGUGAGUGACAAUGACAGCCAAGAAGAACGUGAAAGAAAAGAGAGAAUUCCUCAAAGGAAGGCUGACAUCUCUCGUUGUUGGAGUAAAUAUUGUUUGGAUGUGUUGAGAACAUCAAGAGAUCGGUGUGUACAAGAGUUGACCAGUCCUGAUCAGAAUGAUGAAGAACAAAAAACAGAGCAAGUGACUUCAGAUGAUAGAGCCAGAAAUGAAGAAAGCACUGAAGAAGGUGACACCAGAGAGCCCCUUAGAUUUGAGUCCCUUGAAGUUACUUCCUUAGAACAGUCAGUACCAGACCACUUAAUAAAGUCAUAUGAUGAGGCACGCGUCCUGUUUUUGGAGGGGCAAAAAUGGCUCAACAUCUCCAAACAAUUCUAUGUGCUGGACGGUCAUGUUACCAAUCACGUGGAAAUCAUACAGGACUUGAGCCAGCUGUACAAACUGCUGUCAUUCUUCGAUGAAGACUUUGACAGGAGAUGCAAGAUGCACAAACGGCGAGUAGAUAUGCUCAGUGAAGUUCUGAUUGAGUUGAAUCCCCAGCAUUACCUUCUGGUCUGUCGACAAUUGAUGUUUGAAAUUGCCGAAGCAUACAGUGAUAUGGCUGAUCUAAAAAUAGCCAUCGUGGAGGAGUCAGGCGGACGUCCAACUGCACAUUCGGUCAAAAAAAUUAACGCAUUGAUAAACCAAAGUAUCAAGUUUUUCAAGAGUUUUAUCGACUCUAUGAAGAAUAAAGGUGCUUUGCCUGAAACAUUUGCAGAGGACACUGUGCGCCCGGCUCUUGUGGCACAUUUUUAUGUUGCGCGGCUUUACUCCAAGCUGAUAUGUUUCGAUAAACAUCUCAAGGUUGAUAAUUUGAAGAGGAGUUUGGAAAUUUACCAGUAUCUGGUGAAAUAUUGUGACAGCCACCCUGGUGUGUCAGACACGGCAUUCAAGCAGGAGAUUGGUGUUUCCAGGGAAAUGGCUCAACUCCUUCCUUUUAAGAUGGAUAAACUCUUGACGUCUGAAUCAUGACAUUUACAGUGGGAUGGUGUAUGACAAUGUUCAUUUAAAUUCAGUUCGUUAUUGAGAAUGAAAAUUUACUAAGUACUUGCAUGCUAAACACCGUACAUAACUGAUUGCUAAUAAAAUUUCAAUCCUUUUUUCCAAUACUGUUUCAAUGAAUUAAAACAAAUUGGGAAUCCACAUAGCAGGUCCUGGUUUAUUUUGUAUCCCUCCUAUUAAAUUUCUAAUCACAGAUUCGUAUUUGCUACCAGCCUUUUAAUAUCGCUAACUCUAGAAUCCACAAAACGAAACUGUUUUUCUUCCAUGUAAAAUGAUAAAGAUGAAAAAGCGAGACUCGUUAGCUGGCUUUUUUCCGCUGGCUUUGUAAUAACCGGAGGACGACUAUGGACGCAGCCGGGGGUUAUUGCAUAUUAUUAAAAACUGGAUCAUUGGAUAAUGUAAUUCGAGACUUUUUAUUGGCUUAGCCAUUAUGGUA